CAGGAAGUUGAUCACUCAGAGUGUAUGUUCCUGCACAGAAGUGUCACACACUCUGAGCACAUCGACAUGUUUUACAAGUGGAUUACAAAAUGUGUUUUAUUUUUGACUUUAAUUUAUCUCAUGCAUACAGAUGCAGAGAAUGAUUUCAGAGCAGUUGAAGGAGAAACUGUCAGUCUGCCGUGCCACUCACCUCCUAAUGACAGUGUACAAGUUAAUGUAGAGUGGACAAAACAUAAUGCAAGCAACACAAGUAUUUGUAAAUGGACUAUUAAUAACAAUAGUGAAUUUAUUACUGGAGCAUGCAUUCCUCGUUUCAAACUCAACAAGAAGUCUUUUAUACUAAGUAUAGAAAAUGUUCAGCUCAGUGACUCCGGUACUUACAGCUGUAAAAUAACAAGAUUAAUUCCACCACCAUCAAUAGACAAUACCACAAAUGUGACACUCCGAGUCGAAGCUCGUCCACAUCUGCAGACACUGAACAGCAGUAAUGACAGCUGUAUCCAUCUGCUCUGCUCUAUGGAGGGUCUGACGUCUGAGCUGGUGAACUUCACCUGGAGCAGAGACGGUCAUGGGUCACUUCAUCCAUUCACAUCUAAUGCCACGAACAGUGAGCUGCGUCUAUGUAAACCUGACUGGAGUGACGGAGACACAAUCACCUGUUACGCCAGCUACUCGAGCACUCGAACCCAAAGAAGCAUACAACUCACUUCACAGAAAGAUUCUAACAGAGGGUCUGAUCGUACCCUGUUUAUGAAAAUUACAGAUGUCCAGCUGCUGAUCAUCUCAUGCAGUGCUGCUGCAGGCCUCAUCCUGUGCAUCCUCCUCAUUGCUGUUAUCUGCAAAUGCAGAAAGCGAAAAGAAAAUGGAUCUAUAGUGUUCACCAAUAAAGUCUAUGAGAACUUCAGUUUCGCCAUGUCCCGUCCGAACACAUUGUCCAAUGAUAAACCACAGACAGAAGAAUGUAUUUAUGAGAACUAACUGCUGCUGCUUAAUAACCUUUGCUUUAAAGCCAGACCAGCCCAGCUGUUACGAAGGAAGUAUGAUGUAGACAAAAGUGUCUUAAGUUGUGCUAUAAGAUAUUUGAUGGUGCACUGCAAAUGUGAAGCAAAAGCUUGCUGUAUUGUUUACAAUGCCUUCACUGACUUCAAAAACUGUAACCAGGCACUUUAAACAAUAAGUAACUGUUUUUGUUGUUUAAGCACUAUAGGUGCUCUAAACUAUUAUGUCUUCUAAAUUAAAUUGAAUUAAAUUAUGAUAAUGAGCAAGGAUCUCAUAUCAGUUUUCUUUCAUACAAUGCAAAGGCAUUAUUGAAAUUUCUCUUUGCACUUUUUGUUGUAUGAAUUUAGUUUUUGGUACGGGACUGAUUAUGCUGUAAUAUUUAAUUGCUUGUAAAUAAAUAACAUAUUGUAA